AUGGAAUUUAAGUGGUUGAUGGUUUUGAUCCCAACCCCACUGAUCGUACUGAUUUUCGUCGGACAUUUUAUAUUCUACGACGGUCUGUUUGUGCACACAUUAUCCCUUGGACGGGUUGAGCUGGGUGUUGGAUCAAUCACAGAGGGCAUUCUAGAGCGAUACCCCGAGUACAGCUUCGUACUCGAGCGCUCGGAUCUCUUUGCCGGAGAUGCGGCCGGGAUUUAUCCAUUCACUGGACUAACAAUGCAGAUGAAUGCCUGCCUCAUAGCGUUUCUGAUGAUAUUGGAGGGGAAUUGCGUGGGUGGCUUCAUGAUAGCCCACUCGUUUUGGAUGUUGGACGGCCACGCGCGAAUCAGCGCCCAGACGAGGCGGCUGCAAAAGAAGCUGAUGAAAGCAUUGAUUCUUCAGUUGGCUAUCCCCUGUUUGACGCUCCUAUGCCCUUGGGGCCUAUUCGCUCUCGUCCAGGUGACGAGGUGGAUUAUCGAUCCAGCUAUCCUGAAUUUUGCCUUUUGGUGCAACAGCUGCCACGCGACGAUCUCAUCCAUUUCCAUCCUAUUAUUUACGGACCCAUAUCGAAAAUUCCUUGUAAAUACGUUUGGUAUUAGAAAGAAACAGGACACGUCGGUGGUGUUUCGCACUCCGGACCCGAAUGUGAUGGGGAGGCGCAAGGCGCUGGAUGUGCGCAGGACCAUAGAA